GGAAAAAAAAAAUAUAGCAGGUGAAACCCAACAAGGCGCAUCAGCUCACCAGAGGACGACUGAAGAAGAAGAAUAAGAAGAAGCAGAAGAAGAAGAAAAGUUGAUUGUUUAAGGAAAUCGAUUUUCGUUAAAGAAAUUGAAGAGAAAAUAGUGAAAAAUAAGCAUAGAAUGAGUGAUAGAGAAUGGGAAAUUCAGCUGAGAUCAUUAUCUACCAUUGCCAGGGAUUCCAACUUCGCUAAUGACCCCGUCUCCGAUCCUUCUCUGCUCAACUGCGUGAAAAGGCUAUGCGAAUUGUGUAAAAAUGAGAAGUCGGAGGACUUAAUAGCUAGGGUUUAUCCGCAUUUCAAUAAGAUUUUUCAGCGUUCCGUGGCUUCCAUUUCUCAGUCUCGAUCCUCCAUCGCCAUUCUCCUACUGGCCAUUCUCCAAUUUUUCCUUGAUCAUGGAGAUAUAGUUCUACAUGACGCUGAUCCUAGUCUGAGGAUAUUUUUCCGCUCAUGCUUAAGCCGUGAGUUUGCAGACCCUGGUGUUGCUGAAGCAACACUUGCGUUUCUUAACACAAACAAGAGGAAGCUUCUAAGUUCCUUUCCUACCUUACUCCCUCAGUUUUUCCCAUUACUGUUAAAGCUGAUUGCCUGGAACGGAGAGAAGUUAGAAAAAUCAUUUUUAGGAGUUUUCCCUGGAUUGAUAUCUCCUGGAUCAUUUCUUCCAUUGUUUCCCUCACUUGUCGACCUACCUAUAUUGGUUGUCGGCUUGGAGAAAGUUGAAAGGAGUUCUGGGUCUUUAGUUGGUAGCAGCAUAGCUUCGAUCCAGAAGAGUACAGCUCCUGAGAUGCUGCUUUUGCUAAUGGAUGAAGCCUAUACUGGAUCGACUAUUGGAGAUGCAGAGGUUGAUUCUGAAUCUGAGGAUAGCAGUACAAUGGCAGCAGCUGACCCAUUAUUUCUUGAGCUUCUCAAGGAUGAGAAUGAUGGCCUCGCCGAACGCCAUUGGACUUCUCCGGCAAUGGCUACAGUCCUUCAGGCAGCAAUUAAUGCUCCUCAAUCUGAUCGAUUGAAACAGGCACUGAGGAUGGCUCCUCGUUUUCUUGACGCAUAUUUUUCCCUAGCAAUCUCUAAAGUGAAUGACUCUUUAGUAUGCGCAUUACUUCCCCUACUCAUGGCAAGAUAUUCGACUUUGUUUACUGACAAAAUUUUUUGUUAUGAGGUUCAGAAAAGGCUCUUGGAAUUUAUGCUAGCUGCCUUUCACCGGACUCCUGAUUUUGUUGCACUUUUGAAGAAGCCAAUAGUGGACAGGCUUGCAGAAGCAUAUGACAAUCCUGCAAAGACUGAGUUGGCAUUACAACUAUGUUGGGCCAUUGGUGAGCAUGGUGGUGGUGGUGAAUCUCAUAAAGAUGCGGCUCGUGAACUUUUUGAAAGCUUGGAACUACUUUUGUACGAAAACCUUUCUUCCAGUCGUCUGGGUUUACAUGAGGCAACUCUUGGCUCUGGUAGUUUGACAUUUAGAAAAUCAUUGCAGUCGAGGCUUCUAUGUUUUGUCGUGACUGCUAUAGCAAAACUUGCAACUUAUCAUCGUGACUUAGUACCAAGGGCCCGCGUAUCUUUGGCGAAGGUAGCUCGCUCACGAAUUUCAGAUGCCAGAGUCUGGGGGCGUGCACGUGAUUAUUUGGGUUUAAUGAAUGAACCUGCAUUAUGUUUGUCCGUCUUGGGCCCUUCUAGACCCUCAAGUAAAUCCAUACAAGAUCCAGGCACUGUAAAUUGGAAAGAAGGCAGCAAAAGAAUGAUUGCUCAUCUUCCAUUUUAUAUUUUAGGGGAACAAGAAGGUAAUUGAACGCUGGUCCUCCAUUCCAUGACUUCUCAUUUUCUGAUAUUCUUCCUAGAGGAUAAUUCAUUUUGAGGAAAGUGUACAAGGACUUUUUCACAGAGGUAGGCAACGGAAACAAGUGAGAUGAGGGUAGGCAUAGGCAUCUAAUUGCCAGAAUUGGAGAUCUGUUGAGGCAAAGGCUAUGUCUUUUGUGAAUGCUGGAAUCUCAAGCUGAUAUAGAUCUGUAUCAUUUGUUAAGCCGGGGGUCCUUUUUAAUACGACUGCUCCUACAAUGUUGAGGUUCCUUUUUGAUACAACAGCUCCUACCAUUUCGUUGUCGUCCGUUGAGCUAGCAUGUAAACAUAUAAUUUUCCCAGUCUUUGCUUUUUGUUCUUUGCUAGGAAACAUGUAAUCUUCUGGUUGGGUGUUGUAAGAGAGCACUAGGGCAAUUGUUUGUAGCAUUCCUUGUACUGCAGCUUGUUGGUUUCUUCUUUUCGUUCUUUAUCA